GGGUCCAUUUCUUUUGUGCUCCGCAGCUGCCAGGAACGUCCGCAUGAAACGGCCAAAACUCGAGUAACAUAACAUCCAGCGACACGAAAUUUCCAUCGCUAAAAAUUGAACACAUGAUAUACCGUAGUACCAUACGCACUCUUCUGCUGCACUAUAAUUCCCGUGUUGCGUCGUGUCUAUCUUCAUUUUCAUAUUCUUCUUCUGCAACCACACAAGAACAAUGGGAAUAGAGAUUCUGGAGCCUAACACGUGCAUUAGGGGUUGCUGCACCAGCCCCUCUAUUCCCCUUCAUCUCCCUCCCUCUUCUUAUACCCUUCUCUCUCCUAUUGCCCGAGGGUCUGAGAGUGUUGUUUAUGAAGGGACUUUGGAUGGCACGAGGGUUGCUGUGAAGAAACCCAUCUUGUCAACUUCAGAAGACAUUAAUAAGUUUCAUAAAGAAUUGCAAUUGUUGUGGUCUCUCUCUCUAUCUACUGCCUCUCUUUUAAUCAAGUUAGAUCAUCCAGGAAUAGCAACACCGAUUGCGGCCCAUGCAAAACCGCCCAAUUACAUGUUUUUCUUCAAGUUAUUUGAAUCUCCAAAUCUAGCACAAAAGUUACAUGUGGAAGAGUGGAUCCCAACUCUGAACGAUGCACUUAUGAUAGCAAUGCAGUUAGCAAAGGCUUUGCAAUAUCUGCAUAACCUCGGGAUUGUGCAUAGAGAUGUGAAACCGGCAAAUAUUCUUCUUGACAAAAACCUUUGUCCACACCUCACAGAUUUUGGUUUGGCAGAAUACAAGAAUGAUCUUAAGAGAGUUUCUACUGAGAAUUGGAAGUCUUCUGGAAAGCCUACUGGUGGUUUCCACAAAAAGAAUAUGGUUGGAACACUCAUUUACAUGGCACCUGAAAUAUUAAGAAAAGAGUUACAUACAGAAAAGUCAGAUGUAUACAGUUUUGGGAUAUCAAUCAAUGAACUCCUAACUGGUGUUGUGCCAUACACUGAUCUUCGUACAGAAGCGCAGGCUCACACAGUGCUUGAGAUGAACUAUACUGAGCAGCAAUUAACAGCAGCUGUCGUUUCUGAUGGAUUACGGCCUGUCCUUGCUGCCGAGGACUUGGGUAUACCGUCAAGAUUAUUAUCAAUGAUUAAAAAAUGCUGGGAUGCAGAUCCUAAUAACAGACCUGCUUUUGAUGACAUUGUUGAGGAACUUGAUUUAGUUAUGGAGCAUGGUAAGUUAAAGAAGGCAGAAGAUAUUCAUAUCAGACCUUAUAACUUGCAUGUUGUUCAACCUGCGGGCAAGACUGAUCACUUUAAGGCUUAUCAAGAGAGUUUUAGCUGGUUCACUCGUGGCGAACUUUUGGCCAGGAGUGCCUCUAGUGCAAAUGAUUCUGGUUUGAUAACUAGGUGCGAGUCUUCUGACAAGCCUUCAGCAUACCACCCAACAAUGUCUUGGGGAUCUUAUGCUACCUGUGGGAGAAGGGAGACUAUGGAGGAUACACAUUUCAUUCUUCCCCAUAUUUGUGAUGAAAAGGAUGCCUAUGCUUUUGGUAUCUUUGAUGGCCAUAGGGGUGCAGCAGCUGCUGCCUUUUCUUCUAGAGCUGUACCAGCAGUUUUGCAGACUUCAGAUUUCAUGGGCAGUCCUGCUAAUGCACUAGCGGAAGCAUUCAUUAAGACAGAUGCUGCCUUCAGAAAAGAGCUUGAUUCCUAUCGCAAAUCCAACAGAUGUAUCCAGAAGGAUUGGCAUCCUGGGUGUACAGCAAUUGCUAUUCUUAUAGUCAGAAACAAGCUAUUUGUUGCUAACAUUGGUGAUUGCAGGGUAAUCUUAUGUCGUGCUGGUAAUCCAAUUGCUCUAAGUAAGGAUCAUGUUGCAAGCUGUCUUCAAGAGAGAGAGCGUGUUAUUCGGCAGGGGGGCCAAGUACAUUGGCAAGUUGAUACUUGGAGGGUUGGUCUUCCUGCACUUCAGGUUACUCGUUCUAUUGGUGAUGAUGAUUUGAAGCCUGCUGUAACUGCAGAACCUGAGAUAACUGAGAGUACCUUGUGCCCAGAGGAUGAAUUUCUGGUCAUGGCUAGCGAUGGCCUGUGGGAUGCCAUAAGCAGUAUGGAGGUCAUAAAUAUAAUAAAAGAUACUGUUAAAGAGCCUGGAAUGUGCUCCAAGAGGUUAGCUACUGAAGCAGUGGAACGAGGCAGCAAAGAUAAUAUCACAGUUAUCGUUGUUUUCUUACGUCCUGUGUCUACAGCAGAGAGAAUUUAUUAGCAUACCUUCUUGCAUGCUCUUUGAGACUUGCCACAAAUAGCACAUACUUAUAUUCCUUUAUUGGAUAAUAAAAGAUAAAUUAUGUUUUUAGUCUCUAAACUUUUCGUUAUUUAUGGUUUUGUUUCUUAAAUUCUUCAAUGAUCAAUCAACGUCUUCAAACUUUUUCCGUCCAA